AUGGCUGAGGAGGCAGCUACACCUAUCACCGUCGAUGCUACCAAGACUGUCGACGAGCCGACGCGUUCCGUCGACGCCCCAGAACCUGUAAAGGGUACUGAGGAGAAGCCGUCGGAACGCGGUGACGUACCUGCAGACGCGCCUGUCGAAGAGCAAGCACCUGAAGCUGCUGCCGCGACCGACGACCAAGCCGCCAAAGACGAUGCGACAGAUACGAAGCCCGACGCUGCAGUGGCUGAGGGCAGUGGAGACGUCGCCGCAUCUGAAGAAUUGACGGCAACGAACGGCACCCCGGCCUCUGGUAAGAAGGCAAACAACAACCGACGCAAGUCCACCGGCGGCGUUCCUGAGCACAAGGGCAAGAAGACUCCCGGCAAGAAGGGAAAGAAGGAGAUAAAAUUGAACCUCGACACAAAGCCGGGUGAUAUGUGGUUGGUCGCCAUGCGCGGAUACCAGCCGUGGCCUGUCAUUAUCGCCGACGAGGACAUGCUGCCUGAGACACUCCUCGCGAAACGCCCAGUAAGCGCCUUGAGACUUGAUGGAACAUAUCGCGAAGAUUUCGAGGAAGGCGGCAAGAACGUCAAAGACCGGCGAUAUCCUGUGAUGUUCCUGGGUACAAACGAAUUUGCCUGGCAACCAAACACCGACCUCAUACCCUUCCAUCUGGACGAGAUCAAGAAGGAGGUUGAUUCUGGAAACUCCGCGAAGAAGAACAAGCAGUUGUGGGAAGCUUACCAGAUCGCAGCUGAGGGUCACGAUUUGAGCCAUUUCAAAGAUAUUCUCGUCCACCACGAGCAAGCUGUACAAGAGGAUGAAUUGGCCAAGGAGGCGAAACGCGAAGAGAAGGCCGAGAAGGCCGCUAAGAAGGCUGCGAAACGCAAGAGCACCGCUGCCGCUGAAGACGAGGACGUUGAGAUGGGCGACGCCGGCGACACAGCUGCUGCCUCUGCGAAGAAGGCAAAGCCUACAAAGAAGCGAAAGAAGGAGGCUGAUAGCGAGGGUGAUGAAGAAAAGCCUGCAAAGACCCCGAAGACUACGUUGAAGCUCACCACCAAGAAGAAGCCGGCUUCGGAAUCUAAGAAGUCCAAGUCGGCAGCGAAAGAGGACUCAGAGCCAGCCCAGCCCGAGGAGCCGCCUAUGACGGAGGAGGAGCGUCUCGAGAAGCGUAAGAAGACAGUCCUCUACCUCCGCCACCGCCUGCAGAAGGGAUUCCUUACUCGCAACCAGCCGCCCAAGGAUGAGGAUAUGCCGAAUAUGUCCGGUUACAUGGCUCAGCUCGAAGAGCUGAAGAACCUUGAGCCUGAGAUUAUCAAAGAGACCAAGGUCCACAAAGUUCUGAAGGGUAUCUUGAAACUCGGCCCUAUUCCGCGAGACGAGGAGUUCAAGAUUACGUCACGUUCACAAGACCUGCUUAACAAGUGGGGUACCCUGUCUGCGGGCGAAGAUGCUGCCGAGGAGACCGCAGCCCCUGCCACGAACGGGGUCAAGUCUGAAGAGAAGAAGGCAGACGAGCCCGCCCAGGAGAAGAAAGAGGAGACUACGUCUGGUGCCUCUGAGGAAGCCAACCCGAAGGAUGCCGAUGGGGACGUUGCUAUGGCUGAGUCCGUUCCGGAGCCUAAGAAAGAUGCACCCGCAGCCGAGACAAACGGCGACGGUGAGGCCGCAAAGCCAGCGGACACCGUGGAGGCUGUCUCCUAG